AUGCACCUCCCAAGUCUACCCGUGGCUCUGGCCGCCCUCUGCUUGAUGGCAACAACUACCUCGGCCGUCAAGCUCGUCCCGUGGCAAGUCCGCAGCCUGGGCACCUACUCGCCCUCAGGCCGUCCGGGCUCUACCCCCUUCUCGUCUCUAAGCUUCACCAUCCUUGACAACAACACCGUCGACACGGGGCCCGUCCUCAGCAAGCAGCCCAGCGAGAUCAAGUGCCGCAUGGAGUGGUCCUCGCGCGCGCAAUCCGACGACGAGCCCCCGCCGCCCAAGGACUGGUUCUACGGCGUCGUCAACGACAACUGCACGGCCGUCGACAACGGCCGGUGGACGUUCCGCCUGCUCAAGGCCGGCGAGUCCGAGUGCGCGGGCAAGCGGCCCAGCGCGACGACGUGCUUCGACCUCGAGGUCACGCAGGCGGUCCGGGCGACGGCCGGGCGGGACGAGGGCGACUACGAGGCGGUCCUCGUGGGCAGGGCGCACUUCGAGACGGGCGUCAACAUGGUGGGGAUGUGCGCGGGCAGCGGGUUCUGCAACUGGGCGCUGGCGGACGACGCGAAGCCCUUCUACGUCGAGCAGGAGUUUACGAAUUGUCGGGGUUUCUGUGGCGAGGAUUAG